GGGAAUUUUUCGCUUGAUUCCGAGAGCUCCAUGGCUGGAGCAUUAUCAGGAAAGAAACUGUUUAUUGCAUUGAAAGCUACCCGUUGGUCUGGACGUUGUUCGAGUUCGCUGAGUAGCGUGGUGUCUCGUGCUAUUUCGUUUGCCAACUGAACACUCAGCGGAGAGUGGUCUGACAAAGUUUUGUGAUUAAGUUCGGUACAGUGUAUUACGUUCACAAGUUCCUUUGUCUUGUGUUCCUCAAUUUUUCGCGCUUUUUUUGAAGCGUCUGACAGUGCGUUUGGCGAGGUUUUUUGUUUAUCUUCUGUGAAGUUUGAUAGUUAAGUGUUCAGCGUGGCGACCGAAGAAGCACCAAUGGAAGCAGAAACCAGGAAGCCGUUUAAGAUUAAGGAUGUUACGAGAAAUAUAAAAAAAGCCGUUGUGGCUGCAACGUUGGAGGAGAUGCGAACGAAGGCUGCAGAUAAAUUCGGGAAAACUGAUACGAUGCCAACAAUCCACUUUGACUGCGACGGGACUGAAGUUGACGAUGAAGAAUAUUUUCGCACAUUAGAGCCAAACGCUGAACUGAUAGCUGUUUUCCCAGGCGAACGUUGGCUUGAUGUAAGUAGACCGACCCACUACGUGACGAUAUCGGGUCGAAAUCCACACUCAGCGGACCAAACGGAUGCCGAGAAUGCCAAGCUGAAGAAAUUAGUAGGUCAACUGCAGAAUAAUUUGUGCGAUGUUUCGGUGGUGAGCGGCCCGGACCUGGAUUCACUCUCCAACAUGGAUCCAAACUCAUUAGUCGACAUCACCGGCAAGGACUUCAUGGAUAGCAUCAAGGAUUCACCAGGCAGAAGUAGUGAGCAGCGAACAUCUUCUGACACAGUUGAGUUGCUAGAAAGGAUUUCUUCGUCCAGUAGAGAAGGUGUUGCCAGCGAACCGACACAUUCAAUCAAGGACAAAGUGCCACCAGCACUGAAACAACAACACGAAGGAGUUGAAACGAAAGGGUUAACAGGCGAGGAAAAUUGACACUGGCAUUUUCCCCGUAAAGUAAUUUGAUGUUUAAUAGUAAUAAAUUUAUAUCAUGAUAAUAAAAAUAGCUAAAAUCAGUAAGUAGAUAAAUAAUUGGAUAAAUGAAGGAUAUUCUCAUGGUAGAAUGAGAAAAAUAAAUAAUUUAUUUUCGAAGAAAAUAAGAAUUUUGAGUGGCAAUUUCUAUGGGAUAAAAAAAAAGAGGAUAUCGUUACAUAAACUACUGAAAAAAAAACCACUAAACAUUAGGUGAAUCGAACACAAAAGCUGUUAGAAAUUUUAAAAAAUAUAUUCAAAUGCACGUUAACGCGAUUCAAGUGUUUUUAUAUUAAAAUAACAUAAGUCCCGUUUUUUAUAUAUUUUAGAUAGGUAAUUUGAAAAUAAUGUAUUUUUGAUCAAUCUCAAUCUAUUUUCAAUAAUUUCUAAAUCGAUUCCUGUUCGUCUGAAUCCAAGUGAACAAUAAAUUUUAAUUAGAUCGCGUGCUGAAAAUGAAUAGAUAUAGGAUCAACUGCCACUGUUUUCUCGUGGAUUUCCUUUCAUUUUCCGUUUCUUUUGUAUUAUCCAGUUUUGCAUGGUUUUGGUCUUACUUUUCUAUCUAUGAAAAGAUUUUAUGUUACACAUUUCAUGACAUCAUUAGAAAUUACUGUCUAGAAAAGAAAACCACACAUAAUUGAAAUAGAAUUAAUAAAAAGAUUUAAAACAAUUUCACAAAA